AUGUAUUCAGCACGUCUCGAAAUACCUAACUGCAAAGUGAAGGUCCGAAGCUAUGUUCUGGUGCAGAACCCCUCAAGAUGGAACGUAAAAGGAGAGAGAGUGAUCGUUCAAUCCCCGAUUCAAAAUCUCUCGACCACUCUCCAGGAAAUCCCGGUCAAGCGCUAUUUCCAAGACGAAGAGCAGAACUCCGUUUGCAUGCUCGGGGUGCAAGACAUUGAGGGAGAUACGAAUGAUAUCUACGAAGAAUUACAAGUCAGCCGGAGACCGUCGUGGAUUAAUGCCCAUGGUGUAGCCUUGUGUCGGGGCCCUUCCAGCUAUGGGUUUGAGUAUGAACUCGGGGAUCCUUUCUGGAUCAACGUGGGACCAAACACGAACCAUUACACCACGUCUGUGCCUGUAAUCAAUCUAAAAACACACAAAAGCGGCUCUAUAGCCGUUGGUCAUGUAUGUUGGUAUCCUCAUGUCCAGGGUCCCGAUGAUGAACUAUGGACUCUCGGGGGAGAGGUCCGAAAUUUGAAGCUCCGUGGCUCUGGGAACUUCUCAUACUGGUCGUGGGUGGUAUGUCAAAAACUCGACGGCACUCUAUCUACAACCAAGAGUGUCGAGAUUCCUACCAAGCGCAUCAAUUUAGGAGACAGAUGGAAACUCACAGCCCAGGAAGCUCGGUUUCUAUACGACCAAAAGUAUCAGUAUAUGGACGAACGUCUUCGGUGCCCACCUAAAUGUGAGCUUCUCACUCCACCGGCCACUCCCCCGACGCAACGAGAAGAUUCAGGCCCUCCCGCGAAGAAGGCUAAGUACGAUCAAGUACAAACAGGCCGCACUCCAUUUGCCGAGCCAGACGCAGCAUUAUGGGGAAGGAUCUACAGCUGGGCAAUGCAAAGACAAGGACAAUUUAAAGUGCUAGGCUCGAGUCUGGUGCAAUCUGCCUUGACAACGACCUCUGCUGUCCACGAAUCAAUGCCGCGAAGUUUCUCAAUCACAGCCGUGGAAGAUAGCAGUAGCGAUUUCGAUUGGAGCGACGACACAUCGUCGAUAGCAAGUGUGGAGAUAUCUGUAUUGGACUAUCGAUCCGCCGAAGCGGAAGGCCAAAAAUGGCUUUGUGCGUCAACUCUCAUGGAAAUGGGGCGAAGACCUGGAUUCCCUUUAGGUGUGAAAACUUCUACGGGGCAACAUGCACACCCAGAAACCUAUCAUAUAGACACCACUAUCUCUGGGCGCUACGAUCAUCUCUGCGAUCUCAAAGACCCUGGAUGUACCUACAGUUCUCAGUCUACAUGUGCCCAUUUUCAUGUUCCGCCAUCCAAAUGCACAUUUACUAUCUCAACAGCUGAACCCUUGUCACCUCCCCACGAACACUGCAUAUCACGCCUUCGCCCUUUACCUGGUCAGGCUGGGCCAUGUUUGUUGACAGAAAAGGUUGAUAGGAAACACAUAUGCUGCGGUUGGGCGGACAAGGAUAAGGAUGAUUGGCCGCAGGUUACAGGAGAAGAAUAUGACCGGGGGAAAAUAUUAGAAGCCGACAGAUUCCACAUCCGUAUACACGACCGCAGUCGCUGGAUCAAUCGAAAGAACCAAGCUCUUCCAUUUUCUUCGGACAUCAUCAAGGAACUGGGUUGUGAUGGGGCUAGGCUUUUCUUCGCCGACUUGGAGAGGGGAGUGGUUGACGAAGAAGUGAUGGGUGUUUAUAAUAAGUUUUUCAUGGCUAACGUUGCGGAAUCACGGAUCAAAAGUGCCCAUAGUUGA